GCCACAAGGCCGUUGAAAAGGGGAAAUUGAAACCCUGGCAUCGCAACGGUCGAAUUUAUCCCCAAAUGCUUCGCUGGAUAGAAAGAGGAGAGAGAGAAAGGGAGAGAGAGAGAGAGAUGGGGAAACGGAAGGAGAGGAGGGAGCAGAAGAAAGUUUGUUCAGAAGGAGGAGAUGAGAGUAAAGAAGUAGAAGGAAACAGGUUCUUUGCCUGCUACUUGCUUACAUCUAUGUGCCCCAGAUUCAAAGGCCACACUUACAUCGGAUUUACAGUGAAUCCUCGCCGUAGAAUUCGACAGCACAAUGGAGAGGUAAGGAUGGGUGCAUUGAGGACCAAGAGGAAGCGUCCCUGGGAGAUGAUUUUAUGCAUAUAUGGCUUCCCUACCAAUGUAUCAGCCCUCCAGUUUGAAUGGGCCUGGCAGCAUCCAGUAGAAUCCCGUGCAGUUAGACAGGCAGCAGCAUCAUUCAAAACUCUUGGAGGAGUUGCUAACAAGAUUAAAUUGGCAUAUACAAUGCUUACUCUCCCUGAGUGGCAAAGCCUAAAUCUCACAGUAAAUUUCUUCUCCACAAAAUACAAGAUGCAUUCAGCUGGUUGUCCUAGUCUUCCAGAGCACAUGAGAGUCCAUAUUUGUGCACUGGAUGAACUUCCCUGUUAUACAGGAAUUGACAGGGAUGAGUAUUCAACCAACGAAUGGGAUUAUAGUGAAGAAUUAACAAACGAAAUAUCUGCCGGCUCCACAAAUUCUAACAGUUCUUUUAGUAAUCAAGACAAAGACAGCACCGAUGAAAAUGACGAUGAACACACUGAUUGGAAAGAGCUUGACGAGCGUGCUGGAGAAAAUAGCACUUGCGGUAGAGAGCACUCAUAUAUUAUCAUCGACUCGCCAGUAGAAAGGUCAUCUUCAAUUUUAGGUGAUUUCUUUCAUAUAGCAGACAAGAAAGAGAGACAUGAAUUGGAUGAUGAAUUUGGUGAGAAGCAGGCCAACAAGAUGUGUUCAACAAAAACGGAUGAUUCAUUGGCAACCAAGAAUGCUGGUUUGCCUAGUGACAUUGAGGUUAUUGAUGUUUUUACUCCUCCAUGCUCCAAAGUGCGUGCAGACCACAAAAGAAGAAGACUUUCGGCUAGUUGUCCUGAAAUAAUAGACUUGACAGACUCACCUAUUUAUGUCUAAUGUGAUUAAUCAGUCACCUGGUUUAUUUUUUUUAACUGUCAUUCAUCAAAAUAUAAUGAGCUAGCAUGUUAAGAAGUAAACCAUGUUAGAAUAUGUAAUAGUGAUAUUGUUGACUGAUUCUUUCAGUGGCAGACUUUCAUUUCCACCAUGUUAUUUAGUACUACGUACUAUGCAUUUUCUU